AUGGAUUCAAUUAUGAGGUCGGACGAAGAUUAUUUCGAUUCGGAUUCAUCAUCUUCGGGCGAGGAAGCUGAGACUUCUAAAGUGGUUUGCGUACAAAAAUGCCCAGAUGAAUUGAAACCAAAAAUUGGACAAAGUUUCAUGACCCUUGAUCGUGCAUUGGACUUCUACAACAAUUAUGCUCGAUAUGUUGGAUUUGACACCCGUAAAAAGGGAUCGAAAAAGGAAAAAGAUGUCACUACUUGGAUUUACGUGGUGUGUAGCCGAGAAGGUACAAAGCAAAGAAACAGUGAACAAUCUGAGGUGAAACGAAAGCGUUCUUCUAUUAAGUGCUAUUGUAAUGCUAAAGUGUCUUGGAAGUAUAUUAUGGGUGUUGGUUAUGUUAUACAAAGUUUCAUUGAAGAACAUAAUCACGAGAUGGUUGAGGAACGCCAUAAGCGUUUUAUUAAUUUGAACCGUAAUUUGGAUUUAGUCCAUCAGAAAUUCAUCCUCGAUUGUGCUAAUGCAAAUAUUGGUCCAACUUUAAGUUUUAGCUUACUUAAAGAAGUGCUUGGUGGAUUAGAUUAUGUAGGGUGUACUGUUUUAGAAGUGCGCAACUAUAGACGUGACCUUAGAGCAUAUGUGGAAGGAGCUGAUGCACAAAUGUUAUUGAAUGAGUUGCGAAGGAAGAAGGAGCUGUGUAGUGCAUUUACAUAUGAGUAUGAGGUCAACUCAAAGGAUAGGAUGACACGAUUGUUUUGGUGUGAUCCUACUGCCAGAAGAAACUACCAUUUGUAUGGAGAUAUUGUUUCGUUUGAUACGACAUACUCAACAAACAGAUACUGUAUGAUAUUUGCUCCUUUUACGGGUAAGUUUACCGGCAAGGAUAAUCAUGGUCGCCCUGUGACAUUUGCUGCUGGCCUUUUGUCCAAGGAAAAUGCCAACUCCUUUUCAUGGUUAUUUAACCAAUUUGUAAAGUGUAUGGGUGUGGCUCCCAAACUCAUUGUAACUGACCAAGACUUAGGAAUGAAAGUUGUUGUUGAGGAGGUCCUUGUCAAUACAAGACACCGGUGGUGUAUGUGGCACGUUAUGAAUAAAGUUGCUGACAAAUUGCCAAAGAACAUGCUUGGUAGUGAACAAUUAAAGAAGGAACUGAAUGCAUGUGUAUGGUCAGAGUUGAUAGAACCUGAUGCAUUUGAGGAAACUUGGCAUGCUAUAAUGGAAAGAUAUGGGCUGACCAAUAAUGUCUGGUUUUCAUCAAUGUUUGCAUCCAGAAAAUUUUGGGUUCCAGCCUUUUUCCGUGAUUUUCCGAUGAGUUCGUUGAUAAAGACAACUUCUAUAUCUGAAUCACAGAAUAAUUUCUUCAAAAGGUACUCAAAGUCUCGGGCUAACCUUAUGCAAUUUUAUAUGAACUAUAAUCAUGCUCUGGAGACUCAAAGAAGUAAUAGUGCAAAGCUUAAAUACUAUGAUUCAACAAAAGUACCAAUUUUGCGAACAGGAUUGGAAAUCGAGAAACAUGCAUCGACGAUAUAUAGUGGUAGUGCUUAUACUGAAAUUCAAGAAAAGAUAGUAUAUGCAUGUUUCUCUUUGUCUUGUGCAACUCUAGGAGUGUCUACCAAUACAGAUAUUGAAGUAUAUGACAUAAAGGACAAUGAUUCAAACUCAUAG